ACGACUGACUUGCAUCCUCCCUCGUAGUUCGUACAGCACACCCGCUCCACCUGUACAGCCAUGCCACCUCCCUCCUAUCAGAAAGGCGACGUCGAGCCUCCUGAGGAGAUCACCUCCGAGGCUGUCCGCGGGUUCCUGAUGGGUGCCUUUCGGUUUGGCUCCGUCUCAAUACUGGCCCAUAUGAUUAUGAUCCUCCCGCAUCCUUUCAAGUUCUCGUCGCCUUCUUCUGCCCCGAUCCCCGCGGAAGCCCCCUCCCACUCAUCAUCUCGACCAUCUUCGUCCCCCCGGCCAUCGCUCCUCACCAGAGAGAUCAUCCGUUCUCGGCUCUUCUACCGCCCCCUGGAGGGCUUCUCCGAGUGGCUGUCCCCCGGAUCGCGGGUCUACCGCGGCCUGACACCGCAGUUCAAGGUCUUCCUCCAGAUCGCGGCGAUGACCCUGGGCGGAUGUAUCUGGGCUGAGAGGACGGUCAACGACUACAUCAAGUUCGUCCGCAAGGUCAAACGGGCUGAAAAGGUCCAGGCCGAGAGAGCCGCCAGAGGGCUGGAGUAGCCGUGUUUGGGUCUGAAAGCUUCCCAACCAGGUCGUUCUUUUGAGUUCCUAGUGCAACGCCGGAGCGAUGAGGGAGAGGGGGGGGGGGAGAGGGGUGAGAGUCUCAAUAUUGUGAUUUCUUGUGCGUACUGCGUGAGGUCGCAGUCUGCACUACUGACUCGCCCCGGCCGCCGCACAGCCACUGCCAACUUCCCAUCCGUGCUGUCUGACUCUGCUCUGCCCUGGGUUUCGCGUCUAUUCUUGUCCAAGGUGACGGUCAUGUACCCGACAGCCCGGGCCCUCGGGUCUCCACCGAUCCUCAACUACCGUGUUGCCAGGGUUCAGGCGAAACGCAGUCGCCCCCGGCUGGAACGCGCUACGGAUACCUCGAUACGGGCCAGGCCUGCCAUGGCGGACAGGCCGAUGGGAGGAGGGUUUGCCUUUGGCGGUCGGCCGC